AUGCGGGGCACUUUGGGCGCAUUCAUUCAGUCCUGUGUGAUACUGCUGGUCCGAGCAGACCAGUGGAGGCUGAAGGACUCCGAUGACUGCGAGCUGAACAAGAAACAAACCGACCUAAACUCCUUCCUGUGGACGAUCAAACGUGACCCUCCCUCAUAUUUCUAUGGUACAAUCCACGUUCCCUACACGCGCGUCUGGGACUUCAUUCCUGAAAACUCCAAGCAGGCCUUCCAGGAGAGCAACAUCGUCUACUUUGAGCUGGACCUGACGGACCCUUACACCAUCUCCGCCCUGACCAGCUGUCAGCUGCUCCCUCAGGGCGAGAACCUGCAGGAUGUCCUCCCCAGAGACAUCUAUCGGAGACUUAAAAGACACCUCGAGUAUGUAAAACUCAUGAUGCCCUCAUGGAUGACCCCGGAUCAGAGAGGGAAGGGGCUCUACGCGGACUACCUCUUCAACGCCAUCGCAGGGAACUGGGAGAGGAAGCGGCCCGUUUGGGUGAUGCUGAUGGUGAAUUCGUUAACCGAGGCAGAUAUUAAGACACGUGGGGUGCCGGUGCUGGACCUGUACCUGGCCCAGGAGGCGGAGAGGAUGAGGAAGAGGACGGGGGCUGUCGAGAAGGUGGAGGAGCAGUGCCAUCCACUCAACGGGCUCAAUUUCUCCCAGGUGAUCUUUGCCCUGAACCAGACGUUAUUACAGCAGGAGUCUUUAAGGGCAGGAAGCCUACAGGUCCCGUACACCACCGAAGACCUCAUCAGACACUACAACUGUGGAGAUCUCAACUCCAUCAUCUUCAAUCAUGACACCUCACAGGUCCCUAACUUCAACAAUGUGACGCUGCCACCCAGCGAGCAGGUGACCGCUCAGGAAAUAGACAGCUACUUUCGACAGGAACUCAUCUACAAGAGGAAUGAGAGGAUGGGGAAGAGGGUCAAGGCACUGCUAGAGGAUCACCCUGACAAGAGCUUCUUUUUCGCCUUUGGAGCAGGUCACUUUCUGGGAAACAAUACAGUCAUUGAUGUGCUUCGUCGCCAGGGAUACGAGGUGGAGCACACCCCUGCUGGGCAGCCCGUAAACAGGAGAUCAUCAUCCAGACCUGGCUCACCAGAAUUAGACGACCACCAUGAUGAGCCUCCUCUUCUAGAGCCUUUCCUCCAUGAGCUCCCCCACAAAGAGGACGAUCAGGGGCGUCCCCUGGAGGACGAUCUGUUACCCCACAUGCUUCUGCCAGCGGACAGCUUUGAGCUGUUGGAGAAAGCAGAGAGAAAAAUGCUGAAGAAAAAGAGGAGGAACAAGCAGAAGAAGCAGCGGCACCGGCAUUUUAAUGACCUCUGGGUUCGCAUUGAGGAGAGCGCUAUGGUUCAGUCUCCACCUCCCCCGCUGGUUCGCAUCAUCAAUGGCUACAUCACAGAGCAGCCACCUGACAGAGUCCACGGCCACCACCAUCACAUAUCUUCAGCAUGGACCACUUCCUCAAACUCACAAUCUUUACUUGUCUUCCUCUGCACAUUGCUUACAGUGAUCCCACAGGCAUGGACUGCUUUUCUCUAG